UUCCCCAUUCUCUUCUCCACCUCUCUCCGGCUUCCUCAAUCCAUCGAUCAUCCUCCACACCAGAGAUCCAGCCAGAUGGCCAAGGUGCACCCGAAAGCCAGCGGCGCCGCCGCCGCCAGGGUCGCCGUCGAGGAGGAAGAACGCGAGCGGCCGGCGACGGUGCUGACGGUGUGGCGCAAGUCGCUGCUGUUCAACUGCGACGGCUUCACCGUCUACGACUCCGCCACCGGCGACCUCGCCUUCCGCGUCGACUCCUACGGCUCCUCCUCCGGCCGCAGCCGCCGCGAGGACGUCGUGCUCAUGGACGCCGCCGGGAAGCCGCUCCUCACCGUGCGCCGGAAGGCCAGGCUGCUCGGCCCCGCCCACUGGGUCAUCUACGAAGGCGACGCCGCCGCCGCCGGAUCCGGGUCCGGAUCUGCCAAGCCGCUCCUCUCCGUGCGCUGCCAUGGCCGCCGUGGGGGCGCGUCCGACAAGGCUGUGGCGCACGUGACGCGUCUCGCCGCCGGCGCCGAGGCAGGGGAUUAUGUGGUGGAGGGGUCGUACGGGCGGCGGAGCCUGGCGGUGCGCGGGGGAUCAGGAACGACAGCAGGAGCGGUGGUGGCGGAGGUCCGGCGGAAGGAGGCGGUCGUGGGGGACGACGUGUUCCGGCUCGUGGUGCCGGCGGUGGGCGGCAUGGGCGCGGCGACGGCCAUGGGCGUCGUCAUCGCGCUCGACCAGAUGUUCCCCGGCGGCUCGUCCCGUCCGUCGUCGCUGCUGCCCAGGAGAUGGUCGGCGUAACAGAGAAGAAGCCUCUGACCUGUCGGCCCCAGAGACCCAGAGAUGGGGAAAGUCGCAAGGCCCCACCUGUCGGCGUGAGCACGGUUUUUAAGGUGCAGAGCGCCGGCAAAGCAGGAAGGGCAAUUAAAACAGAGGACCCAUCUGUAGAGUGUGUUUUGCUAAUUCAGAUGGAGAAAAAUUAAGCAAAGCCUCUCGUGUGUGUACAUACAAAUAUUAUGUGUGAUUUCAACGACACUUGCUACUCAUGGAAUUGCGCCUUUUCCAUCAGCUUCAAUCUAAUUAGCUAGCGCGCGAGCGUGGCACUGCCUAUAUAUCAAACAUUGCUAGACUUGGUCCAGUGUUAAUUGGCUUUAGAUUCUACUCUAA